UUGUAAAUAUUAUCGAUAUGCUGUGUGACAGUCAUUUAAAAGCUAACUGAUACGAUAUAGUUCAGUGUUGUUCCACGAAUUUUAAACAUCCGUGCUGCUUGUGUACACACUCUUUUCUUUUGUGAAUUAGCAUUUGGUUGCACGUUUCUCCUGCAACACAUCGAAAAUGCAGAUCUUUGUGAAAACCCUAACCGGUAAGACCAUCACCUUAGAGGUCGAGCCCUCUGACACCAUUGAGAAUGUCAAGGCUAAGAUUCAGGACAAGGAGGGAAUUCCCCCAGAUCAACAGCGUCUGAUCUUCGCCGGCAAGCAGCUGGAGGAUGGCCGCACUCUGUCGGACUAUAACAUCCAGAAGGAGUCGACUCUGCACUUGGUGCUCCGUCUGCGUGGUGGCAUCAUUGAGCCAUCUCUGCGUAUUCUGGCCCAGAAGUACAACUGCGACAAGAUGAUUUGCCGCAAGUGCUACGCUCGCCUGCAUCCACGUGCCACCAACUGCCGCAAGAAGAAGUGUGGACACACAAACAACCUGCGCCCCAAGAAGAAGUUGAAGUAGACGACGCUCUUGUUGGCAACUGUGCGAUUCGCCCAAAAACAACCCAAAUCCAUCGGGUUACUUUUUUCAAAUCCAUCGUCUAAUCAUUUAAGUAAAUAUAAAUUUGUAAAACUAUCAAUUUGAUUAAGAGCGAAAUGUAUUUACUUGCUGAAAGGCGCUUCGUACAAUGUC